AUGGGGGGUCCUACCGGGACGCCGCACCUCCUCCACGCCCCGUACCCCAUCCUCUGCCUGCUCUGCCUCCUCCCGCCUCUGCUCAAAGCGGCUGGGCCCAGCCAGGCACACAGAGACCAGCCCGUGUGGGCACUGCUGGAGCAGUACUGCCAUGCAGUCACGACCCUCGCCAACCUCUCAGGUCCCUAUUCCUACUGCAACACGACCUUGGACCAAAUCGGGACGUGCUGGCCCCGGAGCGCGGCCGGAGCCCUGGUGGAGAGGCCGUGCCCCGAGUACUUCAACGGCGUCAAGUACAACACGACCCGGAAUGCCUACCGAGAGUGCUUGGAGAAUGGGACCUGGGCCUCACGGAUCAACUACUCACAGUGUGAGCCCAUUUUGGAUGAUAAGCAGAGAAAGUAUGACCUGCACUAUCACGUCGCACUCAUUGUCAACUACCUGGGCCACUGCGUGUCUAUGGCAGCCCUCGUGGCUGCCUUCCUGCUUUUCCUGGCCCUGCGGAGUGUCCGCUGUCUGCGGAACGUGAUUCACUGGAACUUCGUCACCACCUUCAUCCUGCGAAACGUCAUGUGGUUCCUGCUGCAGCUCAUCGACCAUGAAGUGCAUGAGAGCAACGAGGUCUGGUGCCGCUGCAUCACCACCAUCUUCAACUACUUCGUGGUGACUAACUUCUUCUGGAUGUUUGUAGAGGGCUGCUACCUGCACACAGCCAUCGUCAUGACCUACUCCACUGAGCGCCUGCGCAAGUGGCUCUUCCUCUUCAUUGGAUGGUGCAUCCCCUGCCCCAUCAUCAUCGCCUGGGCCAUUGGCAAACUCUACUAUGAGAAUGAACAGUGCUGGUUUGGCAAGGAGCCCGGUGAUCUGGUGGACUACAUCUACCAGGGCCCCAUCAUCCUCGUGCUCCUGAUCAAUUUUGUAUUUCUGUUCAACAUCGUCAGAAUCCUAAUGACAAAGUUACGCGCAUCCACCACAUCGGAGACGAUCCAGUACAGGAAGGCGGUGAAGGCCACCUUGGUUCUCCUGCCCCUUCUGGGCAUCACCUACAUGCUCUUCUUCAUCAACCCUGGGGAGGACGAGCUGUCGCAGAUCGUGUUCAUCUAUUUCAACUCCUUCCUGCAGUCCUUCCAGGGUUUCUUUGUGUCUGUCUUCUACUGCUUCUUCAAUGGAGAGGUGCGCUCGGCUGUGAGGAAGAGGUGGCACCGCUGGCAGGACCAUCACUCCCUCCGAGUCCCCGUGGCCCGGGCCAUGUCUAUCCCCACAUCACCCACACGGCUCAGCUUCCACAGCGUCAAGCAGACGGCCGCUGUAUGA